AUGAUCAUCGGCCUCCAAAUCCUCAUCAUCUUUGUCGGUGGCCGCGCCUUCCAGAUCAAGCCUGGAGGAAUCGAUGGGACUCAGUGGGCUAUCAGCAUCAUUGUGGGCUUUGUAUGUAUUCCCUGGGCUGCCCUCAUCCGCUACUUCCCCGAUGAAUGGUUCGCUGUCAUUGCGCGGAUUGUCGGCAAGCCUGUCGUUAUCGUCUACCGCUGGUGCUGUACUGCCGCUAGCAAGUUCAAGAAAGUAUUUACCUUCCGUCGCAAGAAGGAGGUUAAAGAGGAGAGAGAUGUCGAGGAGGCAGCUGCUCCGGCUAUUGUUGUAGUCGGUGAUGACGCGAGUACUGCUGCUGCUGCUGAGGCUAAGAAGUAUUAG